AUGGGUAUCCCAGGGCUCAUCGGCGCCAUAGGUGCAGGAGAGCGGGUCUCCCUGGCCAAAGUGGCCGGAUUGCACCUGGAACGAACUGCGAGGCCCAUCCGAAUCGCCGUUGAUAUCUCCAUUUGGCUUUUCCAGGUCCAAGCAUCGCGCGGAGGAAAGAACCCGGAACUACGAACCCUUUAUUUUCGACUGCUAAAGCUACUUGCUUUGCCUGUACACCCACUCUUCGUCUAUGAUGGCCCUCAUAAGCCCCCGUUCAAGCGAGGCAAAGCGGUAUCGCGCAACUCGGGCAAUUUACCAAUCAUCAAACGCUCGAGGGACCUUAUCGAGCGAUUUCGGUUUCCAUGGCAUGAAGCACCCGGGGAAGCGGAAGCCGAGUGCGCUCGGUUACAACAGGCUGGCAUUGUCGAUGCAGUUAUAAGCAAUGACGUUGAUGCUCUGAUGUUCGGGUCGACUUUCACAAUGAUGAACUUCUCGAACGAGAGCGGAAGUGGGGCAUCUGGUGCAACACACGUCACUUGCUAUCACUUGGGUGACCAGGGCUAUGUGUCAAAUAUAUCCUUGGAUAGGGCUGGAAUGAUCCUCUUCGCUAUGCUAAGCGGAGGAGAUUACCUUCCGUCCGGGGUCGAGAAGUGUGGUCCUGGUACCGCUGCAGAAAUUGCAAAGGCUCAGUUUGGCGAGGAUCUUCUUGGAUUAAUCGCCUCAGAUCCGCCGGAACCUGAUGGAAUAAUCACCUCGGACGCGCCAGACCUUGACUCGAAACUCCGCGAAUGGCGAGACCGACUGCAAUACGAGUUGGAUUCAAAUGAGAGUGGCUACUUUGUCAACAAACACCCAGCAGUCCGAAUCCCGGAGAACUUUCCCGAUCCAACUAUUCUCAAGUACUAUGCUGAGCCAGAGGUUUCCACCGAUGAGGAAAUGGCAGCUCUUAGGCAUCGGCUGAAACAUGCCUGGGAUCGCGAAAUCGACCCACUAGCGAUCAGAAGCUUCGCUGCCGAGUUCUUGGAUUGGAAAUAUCGCUCCGGUGCUCGGAAAGUGAUCAAGAACCUAGCCGAGCCUUUGGUUACAUACAGACUUCGCCGCCAAAGACCAGUAUCGGCCAUCUCGGGUCCCUCGCUUGCACCGGAGUGCGAUACACCAUGGCUCCAAAAGGUUUACAAAAGCCGUGUUAGCUUCGGUACAGAUGGCAUGACCGAGUUGCAAAUUGAUAUGCUCCCAAUUGACGUCGUUGGCCUUGACCUUAUGAAGGAAGAACCAAAUCCUCCACUCCCGUCUUCGGAGACGGAGCCUUCCGUCGACACGGCUCAGAUUGAAGGCGAAGAAGACGAGGCAGAGCUUGCCGCCGAUGAACCUCAACCCGCAACGUCUUCUAAGGCUCGAGUCACAAAGCGCUAUGAUGUCUAUGCUGUUCAAAAGAUGUGGGUGCUGGAGUCCGUCGCCAAGCUUGGCCUUCCCACUAUUGUCAAAAAGUGGGAGGAUGAGCAAGCUGAGAAGGCCAAGAAGGCCGCUGCUCCCAAGAAGUCGGGUACCCGACGAACGGGCCCGAAGAAGAAGGGGGCCAUCGACCCGGGAAUGAAGCGUGGUAGCAUAUUGAAAUAUGGAACGCUUACGAAGGAAAGAUCCAACCUUUCUGCAUCCAAUAAGUCAUACUUGCUGGAAAGUGCUUCUACAAAACAACAGCCGGCCUUGCUUCGGGCUUUGUCUUCUUCAUCUCAGGUCAUAGACCUCGAGGAUGAUUCUUUCACGCUGAGUAUGUACUCCCAGCAACAAUCCUCGGGUCAUACGCGUGCUUCCUCACGUGAGGUGGACGAGUUAAUUGAGACGUUCUCCUCGCUAACAACUAGACCACCAUCAUCAAGAGUGAAGGGCCCUCCAGCAGUUGACCAGUUUUCUAUACGAUCCCGAGCUCGGCCGGUGUCAAAUGAUGCGUUUGAUGUCAACAAAUCAACCCUAUCGGCUGUCGAGUCUGUUGGUGUGCAGGAAUCCUCGAAUUCGUCAGCAGAACCGUCAAGCCAUUCAGUCAAAUCGAGAAGCUCAAAAAAUGAAGGUGGAGCCGCAGGAAAGAGUCUUGGGGGUACCUCACGCAAGCUCAAGCAAAAGACUUCCAACACUACACACAAGCCCGAUAUGAGCUCACACGCUCUUGAGGACGCCUUCAGUCUCGACUACUUGGAGGGACCUAUGGGUUCACUAUCAAUUUCCGAGGAACAUGAUGAGCAAAAACAUGAUCUCCCAGCCCGCUCAUUGCGUAAACCUAGGUUAUCAAAGGCGGAUGAUGGCACCACCGGGCGUCCUUCGCAAACCAGUCCUGUGAAAACUAUGCAGGCAUCGGAACAGGCUUUGUCGCAAAAGAUCCCGCUAAGAGCCCAACCCAAAUACUCAAUCAAGCCGAACCAGGAACGCGAUAAGCAUGCCAUUCAUUCAAAGACCAUUGCGUCGUCCAAGAAAUCUCGCGCCACCUCAAAGGACCACUCGAUGACUUCUUUAAAGGCAGAGCAGCAGACCUCAAUCAAUACGCGAACAAAAGGCCAUAUCGAAAACAUCACGAUAUUGGAUGGCUUCUGGACAGUUGAUACAUUCUCUGCCACCGGUAUGGAUCCGGUCAACUCAGAUGCUCGUCAGACCGAUACAAAGAACGAUGCACAAUCUACAAAGAACCCUCGGAGGAGGCGUGUGGCCCGGGUGAGCAUUGUGGACAUGAUUUGA